GUUCUCAAGCUCGAGCAUUCCCAGAGAACAAUGGCGAUGCUGCGCGCUGCUUCGAGAUCGAUCCAGCUCUCUCUCCGCUCCUCCCUCGCCCUCAAUGAAUCUCUUGCCUCUUCGCCCGCACCCCUUCCGCUUCUCUUCGCUCGCCACUUCAGUGGCAGCCGCUUCCGUGAUGACUUCCCUCCUUAUCGGGUUGAGCCGACGACAUUGCCGAUGAACCGGGGGGUCCGAAUCGUGCCGGAGAAGAAGACGUUUGUGGUGGAGGCUUUUGAGGAGAGGGCCACGCUCAACGAGAACAUUGUGGAAAAAACAAGGGGCGAGACUGAGAGGCUUGGGCUUGCCGGUGCGGGCAGUUUCAAAUCCAUGAACUUCGUACAGAGCAUCUUGCUCUCGGAGAAAGAUGAGCAAUAUUCACGGAAAAAGAACACAGAUUUUGUCCAUGUCUUACUGAAAAAAAAUAAGACCUUCGUGACCGUGACAGAUGCUAGGGGUAAUAAGAAGACUGGGGCCUCCGCAGGUUGUUUGGAAGAAAGAAAAGGGCGGUCUCGUCUUUCUCGGUAUGCUGCUGAAGCAACUGCGGAACAUGUCGGGCGAUCCGCCAGAAAGAUGGGUUUGAAGUCAGUUGUCAUGAAAGUGAAAGGAUCUACUUUUAUCAGGAAAAAGAAUAAAGUGAUCUUGAGCUGGAGAGAAGGUUUUCAAGGUGAAGGAGUAAGAGAUCAAUCUCAAAUUAUGUACAUCCACGAUGUGACCCAACUUCCACAUAAUGGAUGCCGACUCCCCAAAAAACGUCGUGUUUAAAUAGGGGAGUACUUAUCUUAUAUUUCUUUCUAUUGAGUAUAGAUCUUCUCUUUUCUCUCCCAAUGCGGGGGGAAGGUUUCUCUCUUCAGCACAACACUCAAUGGUGAUGCAUGACUUCAUUACUUCAUCCUUUCACUUACUUUUUUUUUUCUAUAACGAAAAAGCGGUUAUGUGGAUAUGAGCUACCCAAAAAAGAGAAGCUCAGCAAGCCAAUGGCUCAAUGGUUCUCACCAACCUUGAAGAAGAGUCCAGAGAGGGGUGUAGAAAAGAAGAAGGUUCACAAAGAUGGUGUCUGGUCUGGAUUCUUUGGUCAUCUUCUUGCCUUGGAAUACAUUAUACAUGACCUGCCAUAUUGUAGUCUACUUGUUCUAUCUUCUGUGAGCUAUGAUGGGCUAGUGGUAUAAGUUUCAUGGUCAUGGUCUUAUAAUUUCUUCAAUGAAGCGGACGGGAAAUGCUAGCCUUCGUUCAACUGCUCUAGCCAGGAAGAACUGAGAAAGUUGGUAGUUGAAUCUAAUAACAAAGUUGAGGGUGAAGUAGAUCUUGUUAAUCUUAAAAAACACUGAGAUGCAAACUGACAAUGUUCAAGAGCCAACGAGUACAACAACAACAACAGAUGUUGUGGCCUCAGAAGAAGCAGAAGAAGAAGAAGAAGAAGAAGAAGUGAAUCCUGAAUCCAAAUCAACUGAAGAGAGUAAACUAGAAGAACAAAAUUAACAUAGUUUUUAUACUUAUAUCUGCAUGUUAGUGUGUGUGUGUGUGUGUGUCAUUGCCAAUAUUUGCUUUGCAUGAAUGUUGUUGCACUAUUGAGACAGUGAAGGAGGGGAAUGAAUUAUGUCCUGCAUGUGCA